AUGCUGAAAUUCCAAGAAGUGUUUGCUCUGUUUGGAGGCUCAAACUCUUUGGGUCAUCAACUCAGCACCACUCUCAUUCCGGCUCCUUCGGCUCAACUUGGUUCGAUCGGAGGAGGAGGAAUACUCACCACCACCAUCACCACGGAAGAGAAUGUAAACUUUUCAUCAUCACCUUUGUCUGAUCAUCAGAUACAACAAGCAUCAAAUGUUCUCAUUUCAAAUCAUUAUACGAACGAAACUAGAAAUUCGGAAACCACCAAGUUGAGCCCAUCACUCACUCUUGAUGGAUCGGAAGUGAUGAACACAAACAAUCUCUCAAACCCAGGCGAGAACCCUAACAACGAACCUAACAGCAACCUAUUACUAUCGGAGGAUUCAAAUCUGGGCAGAUUUUCAAAUACGAAUAAUAAUAUUUCAUCCGUCGCCAGUACGGAAGAAGAUCACCAAGUACAAUCGCACGGCUUUGAGAGCGCACAACAAAAACCACCUACUAACCGGAGGAUACGUUCCGAAGAGAUUGUAAUUACAACCAAUAACACGGAUACUAGUAGCGAAUCUCAAAUAGUGAUAUCAUCGGAGGAACAUCAGCAACAACAACAACAAUCAUCUAUCAUGUCAUCCAGUGAUAGUCAACAACAGCAACAACAUUUGAAAUCUUCUAAACGAAAAAGAAUUUCAUAUUAUGUGGUCGGCCAGGAGCGAGCAAAUCUUUUCUUAAUUGCUCGAGAUGAUUUACUACAGGAAAAAACAUGUAUUGAGCUUGUGGAAUUUCCUCUAUUAAACAAAACUCAAGGAAAUAACAAUAUGACCAACUCAAACAGUAAUUUAUUGAACGGCUCCACUGAUGGAAACAAUACAGGUGAUCGAAAGAUAAUUUAUAUUCAUAACACGAAAAUGAAGUGCUUAUAUGCCUCCAUUAGUCACCAGAGAAACCUCCUGGCUUUUACACAUUUUUUUGUUAGCAACAAUCAGAUACAUUUUCAAAUUUUCAUUGUUGAAAUUAAUUCCAUGUUGAGCGCAAGUGACCUGAAAAGUGAAGAUUCAAUUUCCAAUUUUCAAAAACAACAAAAUAGAUAUGUUUUUAGCCCACCUCAGACAUCGGAUUCAAUUUUCCAUUGUGUACAAUUUAUUCAUCCUCCACAGACGGCAGAUUCAAAUGUCAGUUUUGACACUAAAAGUUGUAGAUUUUUUCUAGUGACAGAAAAACAGUCAAUACGAAUGUUUAACAUUUCCAUAACGGAGUCAUCCAGCAACUUUUUUAUCAAUAUUUUCAAAAAAAACCAACAAUCGAGUAUUAAUAUUGAAGAACUUGUAAUAUUUGUGAAACAUUUUGUUUGGUGGCAAUACGAUCCAGUGAGAAGUUUACUUUAUUACAUGUUAGUGCGAGAGGAUAUGAAUAAUUCGCGCGAUGCUCAUGAGAUAUUGAAUAACGAACUUAGAAAAACGAACUGCUCUCUAAGGUGCAUUUCAAUUUCUGAAAAAAAGCCCAACCAAUUAUUUGAAUGCUUAAUUCCUGUGAAUAUUCAUCGAUCGCUGCUCAGCGAUAGCCCUAAAAUGAAGAGUGACAUUAUUCGAAUGCCAUGGCGAUCAGGACCAAGUUCUCAUGACAUUAAUUCACAUUUUCAAAUUAUUCGUUUAGAAAACAAUGGCAUUUGUCUGUGUCAACAACAACCAAAAUUCUCCAACAACCUUCCAGAUAAUUAUAUCGAUACUGUUAUUUUUAUUUUACAUCACAAGAAAAAGAUGCAUUUUUCAGUACCAGUUCCUGCUCGUUACUCCAGAAAACAUCCACGAUUAUUUUUUGGAUCAUGUAGAGACACCGUGAUUGUCUAUCUACCUGGAUGGUAUUUACAAAUUAUUGAUUGUUCCAAGGAUCAUGAACCCUGGCCUCUCAUGAAUUUUAUAGGCCCAGACACAGUUCCUCACUUGACUCAUCCUAUUGCCGAGUCUAAAAGUAAGGGGAAAAAAAUAGAGCAAGCUCUUAGUUUGUACUCGCUCUCGAACUCUACCAAUUAUGUCCUAGAUUUAUCUCGUGGAUAUUUGUACAAUUAUGAUUUUAAUUUGGAUAACAUGUUAAAUUGGAUUGUACGGCUGAAGAAACACCAAUUUAUCACUCAUCAAAAUUUUUGCGAUUACGACUCUGUAAAUAUUAGGAAGAUUACCAUACAAUUUUUACAUUUGGCCAUUACACAUUUUAGAAAUCAUAUUUUUACGGAUCGAAUCGUACGAACACUGUGCGAGCCGUUUAAAACGAAUUGUGGAAUGUGUGAUGAAUUUUUGACUCUUGUGGAUGAUGAAGUCCUCUUUAUGGAAUAUUUAAUAGGUGCCGGAUAUAUGGAAUUGCAAGCUAUAAUUCAUUCUUCGUCGACUCAGGGAUCUACUGCCAGUACAUCCGUGCCUGACAAGGAAUUCUUAAGACAUAUCCCAAUAUCACUGCUAGAAUGUGGAGGAGAUAGCAUCUUUUUAGACAAUUUUUACUGUGAACAGAAUCCGUUUGUUACCACUAAAAUUGGUCAUGUCAUGGGAAGUACAAGCUUCACACGUACUUAUGAUGCCAUUGUGCGAGUAUCUUCAUUUCCACGAGAUGGAGUAUCAUGUGCUUUGGAUCUUUUCAAACAAGUCAAGACCAACAUUAGUAAUGAUCCAAAAUCCAUUCCUCUAGCUGCUUAUCUUGUUCAUAACAAAAAUCAUAUUAUUCAAGGGUCUGCAUCACCGUCACAUCCUUCCGGAAAUGUUUCUCCAAUGAAAUAUUUUGAAGAGAAACACUCAACAUAUGCUAAAAAGUGGUACAAUUUCUUCCAUUCAAGAAGCGACAGCACAGAAGACGCUUUUAGUAGCUCUUUUCCAGAGGAUGAAAUUGACGAAGAACCACAAAUUACCAUUCCAAAGAAAUCACCUCUCUCCAAAAAGAUUGAUUUUUAUUCAGAGAAAUCAAAAACGGACUUUAUUGAUAUUUUGAGUCACUUUUUAUUGGCAAAUAAUUCCAGAUAUCAAGCUGUUGAGCUUCAAGAAUACACGUCAUCAGGACCAACAAAAGCGACUCGAAUGAAAACAAUCCUAGAUUAUACCACAACUUUGUUUCAACUCUCACAGCACUUAUUUACAACAUUGACUGAAAUUUUGCACACUUUCAAUCAGAAAAGGAAAUUGGAAAUGAUGCAAAAAUUGUCACAAAAUGACAAUUUGGACAAGUCAAAAUCAUUACAACAAACGUAUCCCAUGUGGUAUUUUAAUUUAUUACAAAAAUUGCAUGUGAGUUUGGAGGAAACCAAUUUUCCAUCGCCGACUGGUUUUCAAGAACAUUUUGCUACGGUUGGAGUGCACUUGUUACCACUUUCUACAUUAUCUCAAUACAUCAGUCGAGACCUCUUCAUUGUCACGGACCAAGUGUUAGCAGAAGUUGUCAAAAAGCAAUCUCAACAAUUUAAAAAUAGUGGAACUACUAGAUUUGGGCUCUACCAUCAUGAUAACUCCAAAGAGUGGUCUUAUUUAAUUCGAACACUGAUUCAAAAACUUCAUGACAAAGAUUAUAGAGAUGUGUAUUAUUAUGAGAAGAUGUUGUUUGCUUUGGAGACAGACUCAUCACUUUCAUCGAUUGUUUCCUCGGAGCAUUUCUCUGAGGUUAUCAACAAUACUUUGCUGAAUUAUUACCAUGCAGUUCUGGUUGAGCAUAUUUAUAAUUCUGUGAAAACUUCAAACGUUAACAAUAAGCAACGAAUCGUAGUAACGCCAUUAGACAAUUUACAAUUUCUUGAAGAGUUUAAACGCCAACGCGAAGAACAUUUGGAUCAAUCCCUGUAUUCAACCUCGUUACCUUUGACAUACUUUUUAAUGGCAAUCAAAUCUCUUAACUCUACUUUACUUCCCAAGCCCACACUAUUGAAAACGUAUUAUUCUGCUACAUCUCCUCUUGAUGAUUCCGGUGGGGAAGAAGAUACUCACCCAAACACAUCACAAACAUUUUAUUCUCUGAUCCAAAGUGUGGAAUAUUGCUCAGAAGAGAGUGAGAACUUUGUUUCUUUCUUGAAGGAGAAAUCAGAGACUAUCCUUUCUUUGGGAGGAAUGAACAAGUUGCUCAAAUAA